GAGCCGGAAGUGUAUCCCGGCGCCCCUGACACGUCUACCGCGCUCGCUCGCGGUGCGUCAGUGAGCUGCCGGCGCCGGCCGACUGCGAUGGCGGGCUGGACUCGGGCUCAGAGCUCUGGUGCUGUGGAGGAGAUUUUAGACCGGGAGAACAAGCGGAUGACUGAUAGCCUGGCCUCCAAGGUUACCAGGCUCAAAUCGGUCAGUGGUGGUCCCUUUCCCACCUUUCAUCUCCACCUCAAGGGGCUGGCCCUGGACAUCGAUAGGGAUGCAGAAGACCAAAACCGAUACCUGGACAGCAUGGACUCAGAUUUCACAAGCGUGACUGGCCUGCUCACGGGGAGUGUGAAGCGGUUUUCCACGAUGGCACGGUCUGGGCGAGACAACCGGAAGCUUUUGUGUGGCAUGGCUGUGGGCCUGCUCGUGGCCUUCUUCAUCCUUUCCUACUUCUUGUCAAGGGCAAGGACAUGAACCAGUGGGAGCCAAAAGUACCAGGGUCUUCUCCACCUGCUAUCCUGACCUCCUGAGGACUUAUCUGCAAAAUACUACUUUGAAAUCACCAUCAUGGUCAGGAAUCUUCUUCCUGUGUGGUGGGGCCUCUGACCUGAUGAGCUCAUCAUGUUGUUUGGUCCCAUGUGGAAGGACCUUUUCCCUUGGGCAAAGCAAGGCCCAGCCCCCACCUCUACUCCUGGUGCUAGAGACAUUGGCCAGGCUGGGGCCACAGUGCACCAAAACCAGCCAGCUCUGAGCAGAGCAGUUGUGAGGCCUGAAUGUGCCCACAUGGCCACCUGCCCUUUUCCCAGCCCUCGGCUCUGAGAUCUUAAGGCCUUUCUGUGCUGUCUGUUCCUGAGUGAGGACCUGUCUGUGAGCUGAGGAGUCUGGGGGCUGCCACAGGAAGGGACUGACUGACCCCAAUAAGAGCUGGCUCCUUCACCUGAGGUCCUCAGUCUGAAUGUGACAGUUACUCCUGGCAAAGACUGCUGAGCAGGGGUGGUCUGAUGUGGGCCAAGUAUUCUUGGGGAAGGAUUGUGCCCUCCAGUCCCUAGAGGAAGCCAAACCCUAGGAAGGGUAGGGACUGUUGAUGAAGGCAUGGACCACAGCCUUGGCUGGAUACACUGGGCUGGGAGCCUUCUGGGUGACAGGGCCCUGUGUCUAGGAACAGAAAUGGAUGUGCUCAGGAUUCAGAACCUCUCCAGUGCCAGACAGGCCUUUCACUGUCAGGUAGAGUUUUGGGGGAGGUUUCCCCUAGAAGGCUCUCUUGGAGCUGCAGGCUGCUGAGAGGCCACUGUGCCAUUUGUAGCAGAGCUUUUGCUCUUCUGCCACACCCUUGCCUGCCUCCCUUAGCUACUCUCCCCUUGCAGUGGGGGCACUCUGAGCCACCCUCCCAUCCCCUGCACACUGCCCUCCCUCCCUACCGUUCCCUGUCUCUUCACACAUGCUUGGCCAGUCCCACGUUCACGCAAACUGAACUAUGAGACUGGCAGGGCCAGCAACUUUUGGGAGACUAUCACUUUUGUCUUCGCAUAAAGAAUCUUUAAGGAAUGAGUUGUGCAGCUUUGUGCCCUUCUCUUUCCUUAUUCCAGUCUGCCUUCCAGCCACUCCCACCCUCCCCAGGACCAGUAGCUCACUGUCUGCCCACCUGUACGUCCACACCGUGAGUCUUGUCCAGCUAGAACUCUUCUGAGUUCUGAGUUGAGUGAUCAGCUACAAACUGCCUUCUGAUCACCACGGCCCCACCCUGCUCCCUCUGCAGGCACGACCACCCACCCUUUUCUUCCUCUACCCAGCAGGCCUGCCUUUCCCCACACAUGCUCACACAAUUCCCUCUUCUCAUCUCCUGGCUCCUGCACUGGGUCUGGCUGAGCCCCUACGUCUUCUGAGGGAGGAAGACCCUCCUUUUUGUUUUGACUUCUGCUCAUUCUAGUGCCUGCUACCUUCUCACUGCCUCUCCUUUUCUGUGGCUUUGCUGUUUCCCUGACAACCCCUACCCCCAGUGGCCCGGUCUUGCUUGUGGUCCCUCCUUGGUCUUCCUUUUAUAGGUCCUGCCACCCUGACCUGGCAACAUGGCUUCCGCUUAGUCUUUCGCUGUCACCAAGUAUGGUUCCUGCCUGUAUCCUGUCCCCAUCUGGUUCUGCAGGCAUUGUAGAGAGCACAGUCACACUCCAGCUCCAUGUCCCCCUUGGGGGACAUCCUGAGCCACACACUGCUGACUUCACUUACUCUGAACAUAACAUGACCAAACUGUGGAACGAAAUCAGACCCCAGAACACUCACCGUGGCCACUGCCUGCUUAUCUUGCUGGGGCAGACUAGACUUAGACUUGCAUUUUAGGGUGCUUUUCCCCUGGAGGAUUUUUGCCACAUCUCUGUAACCUUGGUUCUUCGUUCUCUCCUCAGGCCUCUUGUCUCCAGUUGUUUGCAGCCCUGCUGGCUGUCUUUGGUCUGUGUGUUGUCACUCCUUCCCAGUUUACUUUUUUGUUCCUUCUUUGUCUUUUUUGGUACCGGGGAUCGAACUCGGGACCUUGCGCAUCUGAGGCAGGUGGCAGAACCACCUUCUGUGUCUUUGAAUCCUGUGAAGGGGGGGUGUCAGAUCAGCUUCCCUGAGAGCCCCUAACCCUAGUGCUGCAGCUUGGCCUUGUACACCUGACACCUGGCCCAUAGGGUAAGUAGGGUUUGCCAACUUGAUUUCUAACAGUAGUAAACCGGAAAAAGACCCAGGGUGAGGGUUGUGAGGGUGAGCUGCCAGGCUGUAGUUCACGGUUAGGGACAUCUCAAGAAUAAGAUGUGGAAUAAACAGCUUUGUGAAGAAGGA